UCAAACAAAUUUAAAUAACUAUUAAGUGUAAAAAUUUUAAGGAACUUUCACCGCUGAUUUAAAUGUUUCAAUUUAAUUUAUUAAUUUGCAGGUAAGCGCAUGCGCAGUGUACGAUUUCUGGUGGUUGUUUUCAGUCCUUGCCCGUAUGGCUCGAGUUCAGGUUGUGGUGCCGGUGACCGUAGAGUGUUCAUUGUCAGUUUGACACGAAGUCCCGUCCUAUAAACAUCAGCGGUGUGUGGUGUGAUCAGUUUUCCUUGUGCUUCAAUUUAAUUUGAUUAAUGUAUAAAGAGAUUUAAUCGAUGUAACUCGCAAUUUGACUAUCAUUGAUGUUAAUGCACAUGGCGUCGCGUGUAUGAAAACAAAAACAAGUGAAAUUAGAGGUUUUAAAUCCGUUUCGUAGUGAUCAAUCAACAUCAACGUUACUCUUUGACGUUCGCGGAAUGAACAAGUUCGUUUUUCGUUGCUGCUAUUUUGUCUCCGGGUUAUAUUUCGAUAGAGAGUAAUCUCGAGUCGGGGCUGUAAAAGCAGGCUGUUCUUUUGCAAACUGAUUGUUCUACGAAAAAUUAUGGGCGAUACACCGAAAGUGGAAUUCGCUCUCGGAAGCGAAGUGUCGUUGGGACACUUCUUCAAAAGCAGCUUCGCGCGUUCUUUCGUAACCAACUGUCGCGAUUCGAAAUCGUUCGAUUACGAGUUUUUUGAUAACACCAUCGCCGAAGAAGCGGAACCGAAUGGCAAUAAUCAGUUUUUCUCCCUCGUCAAUUUCGAAGAUAGAGUAAGGAUCACGGAGAAUAAUGUUUUCAAUCAAGAGAACGCAAAAGUUUGGAAAAUGAGCGAGGUGAUUCAACCUCCCCCUACAGACAUCAACGAAUUGGAGAAGUUGCGAAAGCAAUGCCAGUCGCUGAUAGAGGAGAACCGAAGAUUGCAGAACGCCUUGACGACCAGUCAAAUACCUCACGUACAAGUAAUCGACAGUGUUUUUCUUCAAACUCAAGUUGAAACAUUGCAGUGGCAGGUGAAACAGAUAGAAGCUAACAGACAGAUGUACCGUUCCCUGAUGGAACAAGUGAUGCGUUUCCUGGACCGAGCCCGGAAGAGCUUGGAUAUUCUUCACGAGAAGAGUAAUCACAAGGAGAAAAAUUCGUCUGGACGUGUACCGCGUAGCCGAAGCGUUCACGCCGUACACGCGGACGCCUCGCCGAAUCGCGUCGCCUCGGCAUCAUCGACGUCUUCCUCGGACUCGUCCCGUUUCACCAGGGCGAAAUCGGUCACCCAGAUCUCACCGUGUACCACGGGUUACCGCGAAUUCACUUGGUCCAUGCUUCGCAGAAACGACCCGGCUCACUGCACGCCGCCCCGCAAUAAAUCACAGGACAUGAAUAAAACCCACGAGGGUGUGGUUUAUCGAAGGCCGAAACAGGCAGAGCUCGACCCGAAUGAUAUACCACCUGAGAAAUUGUCUCAGGAAGCAUUUAGGCUAAUGAGAACCGUUCAAUCGUUACUAGCUAUGAAAGAACCCGACCUGGUCAGGAUUUCGUCCAUGGAAAAUAACGAAUCGUCACCUUCGCCCAUAGAUCAUCAUCGUCAUAAUAAUCAUCAUAACGAGGUGUCUCUGUCCCAGAGCAAUAGUUUUGUUAACUCUACGAGCUUGCAGGAUGCUUCCGGUUAUAAGAGGCACUCGGUCUGCGACCGUGGAAACGAAUCGAGCAGUACAGAUAACGACAGCAGGACUUGUUUUCUCAAAUCUUCGUCGAACAGCGUGGAAGUCGAUAGGAAUCUACAGAAUCUCCUUCCUGGAGUGAGGAGGUCGAUCGACGCCACCUCUCUCAACUCGGGAAGCAGCAAAACCACCGAAGAAGAUGACGGACUUCCGAGAAACGCUUCUUUCAACGUUUCAAUGCCAGAGCACGAUGGUAUUUUCAUGUGUACACCGACUUCGACGCCGAUCAGACGUACUAGGAAAGUAGAGAAGAAGAAGAAGGAAAAGUGUUCUAAAUCAAAACCAGCCGCCAGUGUGAGCAGCGUCGAGGAUGAAAGUGGAUUCUCUUCUAUGAGUUCGUUUCAAGAAAUUGGCUUACCCGGUGCCCUGCCAAUCUCACCUAUCAGAGGUUGUCACACGGAAGUAGGUUUACCAGAAGUACCAUUGGAAAAAGCAAGGCAUCGCAGAUGGUCUUCGACCCCGAUCGAAAUUCAAGCUCUCUUUAAACAGAGAAAUAGCUUUACUACUUCUCAAACUACCACGGAAUCAUUGAGUGUCUGGGUGUGAGCACUUCUGUUUACCAUGUAAGCUGGUUUUUUUUUAGUUACAACAAAUCUGAUGAAUGCAUUUGAUACGUUGAAAUUGAAAAAAGAAAAAAUCAGUUUGACUGAAUGUUGAAUAUAAUGAAGUAUUAGUAUGGGGUAAUUCUUUGUAAAUAUGUUUUUUGGAAUAUUACCUAUUCGUUUCGCAUUCUAUUUGCCUUUUUUGUCGAAACAGUUUGAUUUUCAAGAAAGUAUGCAAAAAAGGAUAACUUAAAUAAUAUGUGCUUUAUUUAAAAAUAUCUCUUGCUUCCUAUAAUUUUUUGACAUUAAGUUUGAGAACAGUUUGAUAUAACAUAGAACAUUUGUUCAGAGCUUUGUUAGAAAGAUGGUAUGUAUGCAAGUGUAGUUAGUAUUUUAUAUGUGUUAGAUAAAAAAAAUACAUAUUUCUUAUUAGCUAUGCGCAGAGGAUUUUGCAGAAGUUGUAUCAAAUACUUGUAUUAACAAAGUAAGCUAUAAGUAUCACCGCGACGUGCUUAGUACCAAAAUUGCAAUAGAAUUUUAACUGUGUUACAAGGAAAUGUACCGAAUUGUAAUUAUGUUAUAGCCUUACAAGCAGAUAAAAUUCGUAUUGUUACGUUCGAUUUUGGUAUUCGAAACUGUGUUCAAUUUGUACUUAGAAGUAUUAACAUGCCAGAAUUAAUUUAUGCAAACUGUAAUCUGUUUUACUUUUCUUGAACGUGUAUAUACAGAGUAACAUAAAAAUAUUCAGCAUUCAAAGAA